CCUGUUGAAAGCGAAAAGGAAGCACAAGAAGAAGCACAAGGAGAGGCACCGGAUGGGGGAGGAGGUCAUCCCGCUGCGCGUGCUGUCCAAAAUAAACCCUGUUUUGGCGGAGUGCCUGGAAAAUUAUUUAGUCUAGUCGGCAUGUGACACCAGUUAUCACUCCCAUUGGCUGUCCAGUUUCUACAGAAGCCAAUCAGCAUCACCGGCAUUUCCUAUUAUCAAGUCUCUACUGACUUGUGAGGGGACUCAGAUUGUGCCCGGAGCCGGAGGAUGCGGGUCAAGUUGCCAGGAACCCUCCUCUUGCUGCUCUCGGGGGCCCUGGCUCUGACUGGGACCCUGGCGGGCUCCCACUCCCUCAGGUAUUUCGUCACCACCUGGUCCCGGCCCGGCCGCGGGGAGCCCCGGUACAUCGUCGUCGGCUACGUGGACGACACACAGUUCAUGCGAUUUGACAGCGACGCCGCGAGUCCAAAGGCGGAGCCGCGGGCGGCGUGGAUGGAGGGGCCGUGGCUGGAACAGGUGGACCCGGGGUACUGGGAGCGGGAGACAGGACGCGCCAAGUUCUACCAACAGGUUUUGCGAGCGGACCUGCAGAGCGCGCUGGAGAACUACAACCAGAGCGAGGCCGGGUCUCACACCUACCAGAGGAUGUGUGGCUGCGACAUGGGACAGGACGGGCGCCUCCUCCGCGGGUACAGGCAGGACGCCUAUAACGGCGCUGACUACGUCGCCCUGAACGAGGACAUGCGCUCCUGGACCGCGGCCGACACGGCGGCUCAGAUCACCCGGCGCAAGUGGGAGGCGGCCGGUGAGGCAGAGCGCCUGAGGGGCUACUAUGAGGGCACCUGCAUGGAGUGGCUCCUCAGAUACCUGGAGAACGGGAAGGAGAUGUUGCUGCGCGCAGAUCCUCCAAAGACACAUAUCACUCACCACCCCAUCUCUGACCGUGACGUCACCCUGAGGUGCUGGGCGCUGGGCUUCUACCCUGCGGAGAUCACACUGACCUGGCAGCUUGAUGGGGAGGACCUGACCCAGGACAUGGAGCUCGUGGAGACCAGGCCGGCAGGGGAUGGGACCUUCCAGAAGUGGGUGUCUGUGGUGGUGCCUUCUGGAGAGGAGCAGAGAUACACAUGCCAUGUGCAGCACAAGGGGCUGCGCAAACCCCUCACCCUGAGAUGGGAACCACCUCCUCAGCCCACCAUCCCAAUUAUGGGCAUCAUUGUUGGUCUGGUUCUCUUUGUGGUCACUGGAGCUGUGGUGCUUGGAGCUGUGCUGUGGAGGAAGAAACACUCAGGUGGAAAAGGAGGGAACUACACUGAGGCUUCAAAUAAGAUCCACCUGUAA